AUUUUGAGAAUCUCUGCCGUCACAUUUGCAUUUGUUAAUUUUAUUGGUGUGAGAUAUUUGCUAUCUGAAAAACUUUGAGUAAAAUUUUUGAAGAUUUUAAUAGUUUUAGAAUUUGUUUAUUACAGCUCAUUAAUGAUUUUGAGCACAUAAUGUGUCCUGCUUUAAGCCCAAGAUUGCUGAAGAUGCAGAAACCAGUUGCAAUGUCCCUCAAGCAGUUUAUGCUCAGAUCUGAAAUUCUUAAACUGUACCGUGGAUUUAUGAGACUGGGCAAACUGUUGAAUGAGCCACCAGCAGCAUCACAAAAUCCGUCAAACCUAACCGGGUGCAAUGGUAAUCCGAUGCGGGAGGAGUGGAAAGAGUGGGUGCGGUCAGAGUUCAGGCUUCGGCAACACUCCUCCACGGACGACGAGGCGACCAGAACGCUCCUCGUGCAUGGCAAACGACAGCUCCAGGAGAUGGAGAGGACCAUUCUGCUCGCCACCAAUAGAAAUACCUCGUCCCCCGUCACACCACCACCAGCAUCCCCGCACCAUCAGUGUCCUAGCAAAAAUAAGACAAAUCACAAACCCAGCGAUACACUGCUUUCGAGUCAAAAUGGUACGACAGAGUCAAGUAACAGUAGUACAUCUCAAAAUAUAAAACGAAAGCAAGAUUCUAAUUUAUGAAAGGGAAAGUCACUAAUACAACAUAGCACUAGGCACUAGAAUAAAAAUGUUAUUUAACGUCAAUGAAAUCUGUAUAGCGUUAUCAAUCACUCAUUCUCACUUAUUGCGACAUUGCGAACCAAUAAAGAGCUAAGGUUAAACAUGUAA